ACGGACCCGUUUAAAGCUCCGCGCAUUGGCGUAGGCCCAGGCGGACUCGCGCGUCAAUCAACGUCUACGUCUAUGGGUGGCGCCGCGCCGGCCAUGGCGGCCAUUGCGCGGUCGUGUUUUGGCCGACCGAAAAGAUGGCGGACCGUUGUUUUCGAGAUCGCUCGCGCUCACGGCACGUCGGCAAGGUACGGCGAGGCACGGCACGGCUCUGACUGAGAUCCCGCGAUUUCCGCGCGAGAGUUGACAUGCCGCGCGCGUGGUAGAUCGUCGUUGUUGGUCGUUGUGUCAGUGACAGUCGCGCGUGCGACCGCAUCGUCCAGCGUUCGCCGCACCGUCUCGGCGUCAUUGUCGCCGCCGUUGUAGUGGUGGUGGUGGUGGUGGUGUCCGUGGUGGUCAUCGUCGUCGUCGUCGUCGUCGUCGUCGUCGUCGUGGUGGUGGUGGUGGUGGUCGUGGCCGUCGUCGUCGUCGUCGUCGUCGUCGUCGUCGUUGCUCCGUACAAAGCGACGUAAAUCACAGAAUCCCUGGGUCCUGACGGAGCGAUUCCGACGACGUGUCGUCGUCGGCGCGUCGAAGAAUCGGCGCGAGGACGCCGUCGAGUCGGUAAAACGGUCGCGCUCCACCGCGAGCUUUUCUAACCCCACUGUCGCUAUUUACCGCUCCCCGCGAGAAACGCGGCUUGGUUAGGUUGCUCGAGGGCCCGCGGCCCGCGCUGAUCCUAUGGCACCGGAACGCCGCCGUCGCGCGUGUUACCCGUGGUUGCCCGCGUUGACAAUGUGACGUGCCGUCGAGAGUUUACGAUUUGGUUAACCGAUGGAUAACCCGCGCGCGAUGGCGAGCAACGAUUUCGACGCCGAGCAGUUCGAGCGAAGGCUCCACUCGCUGAAGGACUCGCAGGAGUCCAUCCAGGGACUAUCCGCGUGGUGCCUGGACAGGAGGCAGCAUCACAAGAAGAUUGUCGCCACAUGGCUCCAAGUUUUAAAGAAAGUGAAGGUGGAACAUCGGCUCACGUUGUUCUAUUUGGCGAACGACGUUAUUCAAUACUCCAAAAGGAAGAAUUUCGAAUUUGUGGAAUCAUGGGGCACUACUCUGCAACGUGCGACCCCCAUGGUCCGCGACGAGAAAGUGAAGCAUCGUAUACUGAGAAUUUUCAAGAUCUGGGAUCAGCGGCAAGUCUACGACGAAGAGUUUCUUGCCGAUCUGUCCGGCUUAAUUUCGGCGGCACCGAAAAAGAAAUUGGAUCCCCCACCGACCGCUCAGCCCGAAGAGUUUCAGGCGGCUUUACUUAUUUCUACGAUGAGGUCUUGCGCGACUCUGGAACAAGCCACUGACGCCAGACUGCGCGAUCUACGGGAGAGCAACAUAGACAUCGAAUCCGCAGAGGAGUUACGCGCGUCGUUAAAGGACAGGAGGCGCGUGGAAGAUGCGGAGAAAGAGAUAGAUUUGGUCGCUAGGAACGUCGAGAAUUAUGUUCGUUCGUUAGAGGCAGAGAUUAGGGAAAGGACACAAGUAGUUGAUUUGUUGGAGCAAGCGGAUCAGUUUUAUGAGACUCAACGUGGGGAAGUUAAAAUAGUGACAAAUGCCUAUCGGAAUUUUGGCAGUCGUGUCAAAAAUUUGAAGAAAAAGUUAGACGAGUUGCUACCUACGUUCGUCUCGCCUAUACCGUCGCCGGACAUAAACGCGCCCUCGCCGAGUCCCGACAGUGAUAUAGAGCUACCAGGAGAUGAAACUCAACCAGUGAAUAAUCAAUCGGGAAUGAUUGACGUAGCCCCGCCGUCUAUCUACGGUUCAUAUUCUCACGAGUACGAUCCUAUACGACCAGUGCCCGCACCUGACUUGGUACAAGGCAAUGAGUCGGCGGACUUUACCAAUAAUUUUCCCUCCUUUAUCGGAGGAAAUGUAGAUUUUGGUAAUAUGAGAAAUUUGUUUAAUGAAAAUUCUGAGACACCUGCCGGGAUGUCUCAACAGUACAAUGAAUCUUUAGAGGCAAAACCAAUAGAAGUAAUCAAUAUGAGACCGAAAAAUGAACAGAACAAUGCGGACUUUAAUAUAUCUAGUUUCCUGAAAACGGUUCUUCCGUCUUCCGAUGGAACGUCAGAUUCAGGUGGAAUUCCGGGUCUAGGCCUGGACGUUUCUGAAAGUCAAGUGGAAUCGCCGCAACGUCCCAACUAUAGACAUUCGCCCUCGUUAGGGCCGCACCCCGUAACGCCUGUGAUCUCAAGAAUGAUAAACAGUCAGGGUACACCAUCCCUCAGUGGGAGCGGUGGUUUAAACAAUUGCCAGAUGAGUCACAGUACCCCGUUGGCGGUUCGCAAUCUGUCCGAGUCGCACACCCCCUCUCCGUAUUCCAGUCAAAAUAGUCAAAGUAAUAUAACUGGUCCCUUUGACGGCCCCACUAAUGCUAACACAGUUAACCCUUUACCUCCCCCACCUUUACCACCACCUAUCUUCCUCGAUGAUGAGAAUUGUUACAACAAGCUGCCGCCAAAGUUUCCCACGUGGACGCCGCCGAACGAGGGUAUUAAAGACUCUGCCAAAUGGGAGGAAAAAGCAAAUUUUGCUACAUGUUCAGGCAAGAAUAGUAUGAAUCCCACAUGGCCUGGCGAAGGCGAUGAUAAAAACAAAAGUUCAUGGAUGGAUGGCGAAGGAGACAGGUGGGACUCCAAUAACGAUUCCACAUGGCCGGUCAGUGGCAGGACAAAAAAUGAUAUGCUGUCCGAGACUCCCGAAUCGCCGCCUAUAUAUGAGAAAACUGGUUUCGCUGAACCGGUGCAGUACAACGAGCCUCAACCACAAGAAUCUCUGAAUACCACGGGAGACGUAGAUCAUAGAGUGAUUCCAAUCCCAAUGGCCCGCGAAAAUCAGCUACCGUAUCGUUUGAUGAAAGCAGGGGAUGUGGAUCAUCGUAAUCUAAUCAGUCUGACUGGCAGCCCGGCAAAUCAUCAUAAUGUUGGUGAUUCGUCGCUGUCUUCUUUAUCCAAUAACAAUAGUUUAUGGACCACAGGCGAUCAAGAUUAUCGGCGACACAUGCAACCUGGUGACAUCGUCGAGAGUGUUGAUAUGGAAAUGUCGGACGACGAGACUGAUAGCAAGCCAAAAGGCAGAGUUCUCGUCGAUCUUAGGCAGGAUCGCGACAUGCGUGUAGGCGCACCGCCCCAUCACGACAUGGACAUGCGUACAAUACCUCUUCCGAGUAUGGGAAUGCCCGGCCCGCGUGAUAGUCAGCCCAUGCAAGAUAUACACUUGAUACAUUCAGGACCACCUCCACCGCCGCCGUUACCGCAGUUUCAACAUCAGGGUCAAGGUGGUUUCCGGCAAGAACAGUCGGUAGAUUUUCAUCCAAAUCAAUCAAAGUUUCAGCAGAACAGACCACCAAACUUCUUGCGAAAUCAACAAGACUUUCAUUCAAAUCAACAAGAAUUUCAUCAACUUCAUCAAUCGCAGCAGAACUUUGAGUAUUGCGAUAGAGAACACAAUAUCCGUUCUAAGCAAGAUUUUUUGGCGGAAUCACCGGGACGCGGAAGAUACUCGACAGAUCAUCAGCAUCAACACGAUACGUCACCCUUUCAUAGAAACGAAUGGAACAAUCGUGGUGGUGGCAACCGUGGAUUUCCGAGAAACCGCCGAGACAGGUACUCAGAAGAUCACAAUAUACAAAAGCAGCGGAACAAUCUGGCAAACAGUCGCAAGUCGAGAUCGCAGGAUCAACAGCAUCACCAAUCCCCGUCGGAGCUCCUGCCCAACAAUCGAUCGUUACUGCAACCACCUGAUACCGCCGUUAUCUUCGACGAGGAAGGUAUACCGAUCGGCAUGCCGGAAUUUAACCAGGACAACAGCACGAUAUCUAACAAAGUGGAUGCUCAAGCAGAAUCAGAACGCGAUCCCGAUAACUGCCAGAGCUCUUCGGUACCACAUACACGGCGGAUUUCGCAUGACGUGUCGAGUUCUCACGAUUCUGAAAACAACCAACAGCAGCAGCAAACGGCUUAUCAGUUAGGCCCCGAUCAAGAACAGCGGGCAUCAUCUUUGACCGAAUCAAAAGAUCAGUCAUCAUCGAUAAAUCAAGUUACGAUUAUUCCGAUAAGGACGAAUAACGCCGGCGAUGAAUCGCAGCAAAAGCAGCACGUUCCUAUUUCAGAAUGCGAGGAGCACGUCGAGUCGACCGAGCACUCCGAUCCCGCGGAGAAGACAAGUGCGGCCGACAACGAACCGAUUAAUCCGGGACAGAACGUAAAUUCCACGGAAAGGGAGUCGUUAGAUGAAUCGAUGAGUUCAACCAUGUUAGGUAAAGAGAUGAAGAGAACGGCGAACGGCGAUUGCGACGAGCAAAGUCACGAAGAAGGAGCCCUCAAUAAAAAAAGGCCUCUCUUGCAAAACGGGCCGCAAAUGCUGAACGACGACUUGUCUGGCCCGAACGGUCCCACACUGAUGUCGGAAUCUCAUCCCGCUAUCAUGUACGAAUAUGAUGGACCAAACUUCCGACCGCGCAUUGGAGCACCUUACCCACUCUGGCGAGGCGGACCUCCUCCGCCUUCUCCUAGAGGAGGUAGAGGAGGUUUCAGGGGCGGGCCGGUAGGGCUGCCGCGGGGCCCGUGGAUGGACAGGGGACCGCGCGGUCCCGCAGUCAGUAACUUCUCACCGAGAGGAUUGAAACGCGGAGGCAAACAGUUUUGGGGCGGCGGUGGUUUCAGAGGCCGGGGACGAGGCAGUAACUGGUAGAUAAAGCGAAAAACUUUGAAAGACUCGACGACUCUCCGUCGUCAUAAUCCGACCGGAUACAUAUGCGAAGCGCGUUUCGCACUCUGUAAAUAAACGAACUGACACGCUUCGGCAUUCACACGCGUGUGCGCUCGCGCGCGCGCGCGCGACCACACAUACAUACACAUAUAUAAAAGUAGACACAGAUUCGGUUGGUUCCGAUGGAACAGUGACAUCUUAGAUAAUGAAAGUUCGUCACGUUCUCCUGUGCGAUUGAUUCGCCUAUAUAAAUAUAUAAAUAACAAAAACUAUAGAUAUAUAUAUAUAUAUAUAUAUAUACAUACAUAUAUAGAUAUAUCCAUACUUAGUAGAUACAUGUUUCGUUAAGAUCUUAACAAAUGUUAAUGAAGCGGCUUGCGUUCGCAUACAUGUAUAUACAUGUGUACACACAUACGUGCUAUUAUCGAUCCCAGUAAAUGAUUAGGAGCAACGUACGAUGAAUCUGGACGCGAUACGUCGCUCAUAGUCACUGCGAUAAUGAUCACAUUUGCCGCCACUCCCAUAGGUUUUUAUGUCAGGAGGGUUUGUGUUGUUUAUGUAUGCGUUGAGAGAACGGCUAUGACGAUAAAUUUCGCCGAAUCGUGAAGGAAGGCCGCUUUGAGCGAGGUCAAGCACCAAAAAUCGCAAAAACUACGAUAGUUAAUUGAUGGUAGUUAAUUGAUAGCAUCGAUUGAAACUGAGCGUAAUUUCGUUGAAUUCAAAUUUCCGUGUAGAUUUACGAGAAUGAUUCCUAUGAAAUGAUUAAAUUGGCAGAAAAUAAACUCUCUCUCUCUCUCUCUCUCUCUCUCUCUCUCUCUCUC